AUGGCGCGAAUCCCGCCGCUGGUCGUGUGCGGGCCCUCGGGCGUGGGGAAGGGGACGCUGAUAAAGAAGGUGCUGAGCGAGUUCCCCAGCCGCUUCCGCUUCUCCAUCAGCUGCACGACGCGGAACAAAAGGGAAAAGGAAACCAACGGGGUGGACUACUACUUCGUAGAUAAAGACGACUUUGAGCGAAAGCUAAAGGAAGGACAGUUCCUAGAAUUUGACAAAUACGCGAAUAAUUUUUAUGGGACUCUAAAAAGCGAAUAUGACCUUGCCGUGGGGGAGGGGAAAAUCUGCCUGUUCGAAAUGAACAUUAAUGGAGUUAAACAGUUAAAGGAAUCCAAGCACAUACAGGAUGGCAUAUACAUUUUUGUAAAACCACCGAGCAUUGACAUUCUUUUGGGGAGACUAAAGAAUAGGAACACCGAAAAGCCCGAGGAGAUUAACAAGCGCAUGCAGGAAUUGACGCGCGAGAUGGACGAGGCCGACAAGGUGGGCUUCAACUACUUCAUCGUGAACGACGAUUUGGCGCGCACCUAUGCGGAGCUGCGCGAGUACUUGCUGGGCUCCUACCCGCAGCUGCGGGGGGGGUAG